CGUGGUGGAAUACCAUCAGCCAGUGGAUACCAUUGCUAGAAAUGGCUUCGAUCCUACCAGCAGCCCUCAACGGAGGCGAUAGUGACCGUGUCCUGAAAUCGAUGGAUGCCAAUCGGUAUGCUACCAAGAAAACGAUCGCCCAGGGUAUGCUGGACAUUGCUCUGCUGACGGCCAACGCUUCCCAGCUGAAAUAUAUCCUGCAAGUUGGCGAAAAGCACGAGUUCUACACUUUGAUGCUCACACUGAUUAGUAUCUCCAUCAUACUUCAGAUCGCCCAGGGUGUAGCCUGUAUCGUGCUCGCUAACUUCGACAUAAACAAAGAGGUCAACCAUAAAAUAGCCAACCUGGUCCAGAACGUAUCGCUCGGCUUUAACUUGUCCACGGUUGUGGUCAACAUAAUGAUCAACGCACUGGAGGUGAAACAAAUGAAUGAUCAGGGUUCAGGUUUUCCUGGAUCGCUCAUCAAGGAGGAGUAACAUUUGAGGGUUACAAUGCCGAUGCUGUGAUGGCGGUGUCAGUGCUGUG